GAUGUGCAAUAACGGUGAAAUCUUAUAAAAAACGAGUUUAAGCUUCCAGAUGAUUGCAGGGAACUAAGAAAGAUUUGAAAGAUCCUUAUCUAGCUGAAUAAAAUUACUGCAAAACAAAAUACAAGCAUGGACAUAGCAUGGCACGAGAGUGAGGUGGAGAAGGGUGGUCAGAAGUUAGAAAUACGAGUUCUGCCUUUGUAUAUGGGCUAAGAGAGGGAAAUUGGACUUGUUUCAGGCCAGAUUAGUACAUUUUUUUCAUCAUUUAGGAAUCAUCAUGAAAGUAAUAACAAUAUCUUUCAAAUUAUUAAAAUUUUAAAUUCUUUAUUAUUCUUGUAAUUAUUUUUUAUGAAAUUGUUGAUCAAAAUUUACCAUAGAAUUUACAAUUUAUUCACAGGUGUUUAUGAUCUGAGUGCCAAUCAUCAGCACCCCAUUUUUUUCCAUUCGUGUGGAUUCGACUGACCCGGAACGGUCGUCUUCCGUGGGGCCACAUGUGCACUGCACCACGUGUCACUGGAGGGUGUGAAAGUGGGUGUUUCCUGGAAGUGCGCCCAUCUGCUAUUUAUCUCAAAAUGGCAAGGCGCUUAAAACACCUGAUAGCUCACGCCGGGCUAUCUCACUCCUACUCGCUCGCACUCGCAAAAACACCACUCCUUUAACUCUCUCUCGCUCCCUCCCUCCCCUUUAGAUCUCGAUUCGCCUCUCCUUCUUGUUGGAAUUCAAUCCAAGGAAUUGGUAGUAUGUAGUAGUUUUUGCUUAGAUCUUGGGAAUGGAAGCGAUUUGUAUGACUGAUCUAUAGAUCUCUGGGGUUCGAAAUGGAGGGUUUCAACCCGAAGGAUUUAUCCACGAUCGGAGGGAUCGCGACCAUAUCGCUGCUCCAUUCCUUCAUCCCCACCCACUGGCUCCCUUUCUCCAUUGUCGGCCGCGCCCAGAAAUGGAGCCUCUCCAGAACUCUCCUCGUCACAGCUGCAUUUGGAGCUGUCCUGCAUGUGAUUUCAACCUCACUGCUUGGCAUUGCUGCAAUUACCAUGGCCACCACAAUUGCUGGUGAGGAAACAGUGCAUAGACUUGCAUCCUUGUUUCUCAUAAUUCUUGGAGGAAGUUACGUUCUGCUAUUCUUAUUUGGUAAGGGAGGCCACAGUCACUCCCACAACCAUCCCAUGGAGAAGCUGGCUGUGACUGGACUUAUUCUUGUACCAGCAUUAUCUCCUUGUGCAACAACACUUCCUGUUUUCCUUGCUGUUGGCAACUCCUCAUCUAUGAUGGUGCUAGCUAUUGUUGUGCUGCUAUUCAGUACUGUAACUGUGAUGAUAUCUCUGGUAGCCCUCUCGUUUUAUGGAGCCAGCCAGCUCAAAUUUCACUGGGUGGAGCACUACGAUAAGCUUAUUUUAGGUUCAGUGCUUUGCCUGGUUGGAAUACUGACAUUUGCUUUUCAUGAUCAUGAUGGUGAGGAGCAUUCAGUCGUGGAGAAUGUGCCAAGAAAGCUUAUCGUCUUAUGAUAAAAAUUGGGUAAUCAUAACUCUCCGUGUCAUGAUGAUUUUGAUUAAUUGAUGAGGUGCAAGGUAACUACAAUGUGGUUGAAGGAAAAGGGGUAUUUUGCCUUCUAGCUCUGAUCAUAAGGUUUUUUUCCUUAAAUCUUUAUGUUGCUUUCUUCUUGUUCCAGAGGGUUGGGUUGCAUGGUGAUGAUAGUUUGAGCCUACAAUACAAAUUGCAGCAAGUCACUGUGUAACUGCAAGUCGAUGGUCAGAGCCUAAAGAGCACGAGUUGAUAGAGUACAAAAUUGCAUUUUCCCCAGCUUAAUAGAAUAGGAAUUUUGGUGUUCAUAUGAAGUCCAGAUUUUUCAGUCAUAAAAGUAUUCCUUUAUUUGCUUCAAUUUUCUAUUUUUGGUAUUUUUUUUUUCAUAUUACCUGUUGCUAGACCUGAAGAAGAGUCUUGACAUUGACCUAAAGGUUAUCCAAUUUUUUCACUAAAUUAUGAAU